AUGCCAGACUUCUUCCUCGACUCGCCUGUCCCUCCCAAGCUUGAUCUGGCUGCCGCUCCUUCUCAGUUGUUCCAAGUGCCUCAAACACCCUCGGCUUCGUCUUCACUCUAUCGUUCCAUCUCCCUUCCCAGCCGCAAGCGAUCUCGCUUUGACUCGGCUGAGAAAAGAUCUCGUUAUGACUCUCCGGUGGACCUCGCCAGUCCUGAUUCGCUAGUCAACACUGAUUAUCAUCUGGCUGGCGGAGGGCAGUACUAUCAUCACCAACAACCGUUUUACCAUCAGCAAUUUGCCCGCGGGCCUUUGCUCGUGCGCCGGGAGAAUCCCGCGGAGCUGGACUACCGUCCCAGUCGCUACCGAGACCACCCACUGCCCCCUUCACUCGAUGUCAGUGUCGAAUCAUUGGACCCCAGUGAGGCUAGUGGCACCAGCCGCAAACGCACUCGUCGAGACUCGGUCUUUGCCGCUGAGCCCACUCGUAUUCCCGCUAAUGACAAGAACAAUGACUCCUUGCAACCCGAACUCGUAAGCUGGAGCCGGGCAGUCUUCAACGUGGUGGGGAAGGUUUGGGACUUCUGUUGGUCUGGUGCUUUUCGAGGUUUCUAUGCCGGAGGUGGCCGUGGAUACAGCAUGACAGCUGAGGCUUCUUCAUCAUCCUUCAUGGAUGAAAGCGCCUCCUCAUGGCAGCCACCGGCAUCGACGGAGAAGGAAGGUUACUUCGCAUCGCCUGGCACGACCCAUCAACGGGAUUCAUCUACUCCGGUUCCCGGCCGGUUCCCGGACGACGAAAUCCAACACAACUGGGUUAUGGUCCAGGAAGACGCUCCAGAUGGGUUCUCCCAGCUAGGUAGCCCAUCCUUUUCCCCGGCGCGACGGGCAAACCGCCGACACGGACUUGUCCCGUCGCACACUCGUCGCAAAUCGGGUGUGGCAAUGCCUCGGUUGGGGAAAAAGGCGAUGCCAUCAGUUCCGACUAAAUCACAAUUCUCGUCCCCUGCGAAGCCGCACGAGAGUCCCGUGUCUGUUGAAACCCAGCGCUACGUGGCUCAGUUGCGCCGCAAGGAGCGCGAAGAGGAUGCCAGUCUGCGACGACUCAAUCGGCAGCUCCAGGCAAUGAUCAAGGAGGGAAAACAAGCUUUGGGAACUCGGAUCGAGGUAGACGACCUCGAUAUGGACGACGAUUGA